CAGUCCAAAAAUAUCGCCGCUGCAAGUACUGUAAACCGCCCCUUCUCGUAUUUUCUGCAUUUCAAAAGAAAUCAAACACAGAAACCCUAGACUUAACUCCGUCAUCUCCGACCACCGAUCCCUACCGUUCUUCUUACACUCACAUCUACAGCUAUGCAGUCGCCGGUUCUCGUUCUCAAGGAUUCGCUCACUCGUGAAUCUGGAAGUAAGGUGCAUCAUGGAAAUAUCCAAGCUUCUAAGGCCGUGGCUGAUAUUAUUCGUACCACAUUGGGUCCAAGGUCAAUGCUAAAGAUGUUGCUUGAUGCUGCAGGAGGAAUUGUGGUCACUAAUGACGGGAACGCCAUUUUGCGGGAGUUGGAUGUCGCUCACCCAGCUGCAAAGUCGAUGAUUGAACUAAGUCGCACCCAGGAUGAGGAAGUUGGUGAUGGAACUACAUCAGUCAUUGUUCUUGCUGGUGAGAUGCUUCAUGUUGCGGAAGCUUUCAUAGACAAGAAGUAUCACCCCACAGUUAUUUGCCGAGCUUACAACAAGGCUCUUGAGGAUGCUCUUGCUGUGUUGGACAAAAUCUCCAUGUCUAUUGAUGUGAACGAUCGUUCGAUGAUGCUGGGAUUGGUGAAGAGUUGUAUUGGCACAAAGUUCACCAGUCAAUUUGGAGAUUUAAUUGCAGAUCUAGCACUUGACGCAACGACAACGGUCGGUGUCGAUCUAGGCCAGGGCUUACGAGAAGUGGAUAUCAAAAAAUACAUAAAAGUCGAAAAAAUCCCUGGUGGCCAGUUAGAAGAUUCCAAAGUCCUCAAAGGUGUUAUGUUCAACAAAGACGUCGUCGUGCCCGGAAAAAUGAAACGAAAAAUCGUAAACCCUCGUAUCAUCUUACUCGAUUGCCCUCUUGAAUACAAAAAGGGCGAGAAUCAAACAAACGCCGAAUUAGUCCGGGAAGAAGAUUGGGCCGUACUGUUAAAAAUGGAAGAAGAAUACAUCGAAAACCUGUGCGCGCAAAUACUCAAAUUCAAACCCGAUUUAGUGAUCACCGAGAAAGGGCUUAGUGAUUUGGCGUGUCAUUAUUUUAGUAAAGCGGGAGUUAGUGCAAUUAGGAGGUUAAGGAAAACGGAUAAUAAUCGGAUUGCUAAGGCGUGUGGAGCGGUUAUUGUGAAUAGGCCCGAUGAACUUCAAGAAUCAGAUGUUGGAACUGGUGCUGGGCUUUUUGAGGUUAAGAAAAUCGGUGAUGAGUUUUUUGCGUAUAUUGUGGAUUGUAAAGAUCCGAAAGCGUGUACGGUUCUUCUCAGAGGUGCCAGUAAGGAUCUUUUGAAUGAAGUUGAGCGGAACUUGCAGGAUGCUAUGUCAGUGGCUAGGAAUAUUCUAAAGCAUCCAAAACUUGUACCCGGUGGUGGUGCAACUGAGUUGACCGUUUCCGCUACACUGAAGCAGAAGAGCUCAUCAGUUGAAGGCAUUGAAAAGUGGCCUUAUGAAGCUGCAGCUGUGGCAUUUGAGGCUAUUCCAAGAACAUUGGCACAAAACUGUGGUGUCAAUGUUAUUCGAACCAUGACCGCACUUCAGGGAAAGCAUGCAAAUGGAGAGAAUGCAUGGACAGGAAUAGAUGGGAAUUCUGGUGAAAUUGCUGAUAUGAAAGAACUAAAGAUUUGGGAUGCUUAUAACGUGAAGGCUCAGACUUUCAAGACCGCCAUUGAGGCCGCUUGUAUGCUUUUAAGAAUCGACGAUAUUGUAAGUGGAAUAAAAAAGAGACAAGCCCCCGGAGCUAGCCAACCAUCAAAACCCACUGUUGAGACAGAAGGGGACGCUGAUAACGAGCAGAUGAUUCCCGAGUGAAGAAUAAACAUUAAUUUGAGUGUUCUUGGGAAGUUUUUCACUCGUUUUAAUCACAAUUUCUUGUGUGUUUUAUUGUUGCUAAGGCCUAAACUAUUUAGUUAACUAAAAUUUUGGUAUGUUAUGCUUUUGGGGUGCUUUGCUUUUGUCUUUAGUUUUCAUGACCCACCUUGAAUCUUAGUAUUUGAUGUUCAUUUUGAUAUGUUGACAUUAUAUGAUAGUUAGCAGUUGUACUCAGUAACAUGAGUUUUGUUUGA